AGGCAUUUCUCAUUUCUCAAGUAGGCAGGGCUCAAGGAUGGCAGCUAAGAUCAGCUGUCGAUCCGCCCGCAUGGCCGCCAAGAGUAUGACUUCGAGGUAGCAUGCCAGCACCAGCAUUGGUGAAGCAUGGAAAUUGGUGGCGACAAGAGUGGCCAUGGGAGAAAGAAAUCAAGAAGAAAAGUCGAGAGGAGCCUCCAGAAGCGCAGCAGGUCCCAUCGAUGUUCGACAAAUGGCGACUGGUCGAUUUGUUCUUGCAAUACAAAGGCCUUGUCACACAGCAUAUUGACUCUUACAACCACUUUGUGAAUGUUCGCAUGAAGCAGAUUGUGCAGGCGGCAAGCAAUAACAUUGUCAGAAGUGAAUCUGACAAAAACUGGUUUCUACAAUACGAGAACAUCAGAGUCGGAAAGCCUUCAAAGAUGGAAGACAUGGUCACCCAGGAAACCAGCCCACAUAUGUGCCGCUUGAGGGACUUGACCUAUGCAGCACCCAUCUAUGUGGAUGUGAUCUACUGGAAGGGAGACCGUAGAAUCCGCAAGCGAGACUUGGAGAUUGGCAUGCUACCAGUGAUGCUGCGCAGUAACCUCUGUGUGUUGAACGGCAAAGGUGAAGAAGAAGUGGUUGCUUCGGGUGAGUGUCCCUAUGAUCCAGGAGGAUACUUCAUUGUCAAAGGAGUGGAGCGAGUGCUCAUGAUGCAAGAACAGCCUUUGUCCAACCGAAUCGUCGUGGAGUAUGACUCGAAGAAGACACUCCAGGCCUUUGUAACCUCCCAUAGUGAAGAUAACAAGAGCAGAACCGUGGUCGUGGCAAACCCAUUGGCACGGAAGAAAGGGCUGUAUGUGAAGCAUUCGGCCUUUUCAGAGCUCAUCCCAGUUUCGAUCCUGAUGAAGGCUAUGGGCGUGCAGAGUGACAUGGAGAUCGUUCAAAUGGUGGGCAUUCAACGGAAGUACUUGGACACCUUGAUGAUCACAUUGCAAGAAUGUCACGAAAGACAUAUAUUUUCGCAGAAAGCUGCAUUGGAUUUCUUAGCUGCAAAGAUCAAGGUGAAGCCAGGUCAGGAACGAAGAAGGCAGCAAGAUCCAAUGGAUUUGAUCAGCCGGCAGAUCUUGUCACAUGUGGAGUGCCCGAACCAGAGCUUGGCCCCGAAGAUCCGCUACUUUGGCCUCAUGAUCCGCCGGGUGAUCAAUGCAAUGUACGACCCGCAGCUAGUGGAUGACCGGGAUUACUAUGGCAACAAGCGAUUGGAGCUCUCUGGUCAGCUGGUUGAAGUCCUUUUUGAGGAUCAAUUCAAGCAUAUGAACUCCGAGUUGCAAAAGCAAGCCGAUCUUCUUUUGUCCAAGUGGCAUCAGUCUGCAGCUGCACGGACGAAGGACAUGCUAUCGUAUCCGGACAUACUGGAGUCCUGGCAAGAUCGCUCACGCCUGACCAGGGCGAUGGCGAAUGCCAUCUCGACCGGAAAUUGGAACAUCAAGCGCUUCCGCAUUGACCGGGCUGGUGUGUCGCAGGUUCUAUCCAGGUUCUCCUACAUGUCCUGCGUUGGGUCCAUGAUGAGAGUGAAGUCGCAGUUUGAGAAAAGCCGCAAAGUGGCCGGGCCGCGUGCCUUGCAGCCAUCUCAAUGGGGCAUGCUAUGUCCUGCAGACACUCCUGAAGGUGAACAAUGCGGCCUGGUGAAGCAUUUGGCCUUGUUGACACAUGUCACCACAGGUGAAGGGCAAGGUGGCGCAAAUCUUCGGCAUAUGUGUUUCUGCCUGGGGGUGGAGGACGCACAUGCUUUGUCGGGUGAAGAGCUUCAUCACAUUGGCAAUUACUUGGUCUUCUUGAAUGGCAAUCUUCUAGGUGUGCACCGAAGGCCAAAAAGGUUUAUGGCCAGUUUGCAGCAGCUGAGACGGCGCGGUCUCAUUGGAGAGUUUGUUUCAAUCUACGAGGAUGAAGGGUGGCAUGCAAUCUUUGUGGCAUCGGAUGGGGGGCGUUUGUGCCGGCCGUUGAUCAUUGUCGCUGAUGGCAAACCCCGCUUUAUCCCGGAGAAACAUGUGCCACUGAUGUUGAAAAGGCCGAAGGAUGGCGGCAUGUCUUUCGUGGACUUCUUGCGUCAAGGUGUGGUUGAAUGGGUAGAUGUCAAUGAAGAGAACAACCUGUUCAUUGCACUGCACCCAAAUGACAUAACAGCAGAGACCACGCAUUUGGAGAUUGAGCCCUUCACUCUUCUAGGCGUGGUCUCCGGGCUCAUCCCAUAUCCCAACCACAAUCAGUCUCCUCGGAACACUUAUGAAUGUGCCAUGGGAAAGCAAGCGAUGGGUUGCAUUGCCAUGAACCAGUUCACCAGAUCUGAUACACUCCUACUUGGGCUGGUGUAUCCUGAGAAACCGCUAUGUACUAGCAAGACACUGAACCUUGUUGAUUUUCAUCAUUUGGGUGCUGGACAAAAUGCUUCAGUUGCGGUCAUGAGCUAUAGUGGUUAUGACAUCGAGGAUGCCAUCAUCAUGAACAAAGCUGCACUUGACCGCGGCUUUGGCAGGUGCUUUGUGAUGAGACGACAGAGUGUGCAAAUGGUGCCACACUCAGAUGGCCAAACAGAUCUACUUGCACCGCCGCAGAAGGGCGAUUUGAAGGAAGGGCGAAGAGGCCGCAACAAGAAGCAGAGUGGCCUGGAUGAGGAUGGCAUGGUUCGACCCGCUGAGAAGGUCGAGGAUGGCUACUGCCUGGCUAACAAGAUAACCCCCGUCGACACCAAAGGCAUUCAAGAGCUCAUCGGCAACGAUGCAAGGUACAGAGCAACCCCUGUUACCUACAAGAACCCGGUCUCUUCAUAUAUUGAUCGCGUACUCUUGACCACCGACGCAGAGGGCAUGAAGGUGUACAAGAUCAUCACUCGCCAAACGCGUCGACCUGAGGUUGGUGACAAGUUUGCUUCCCGCCAUGGGCAGAAGGGAGUGGUGGGUCUGAUAGUGCCUGAAAUCGACCUGCCAUUUUCUGAAACUGGCUGGAGACCAGACUUGAUCAUGAAUCCGCAUGGCUUCCCAUCUAGGAUGACUGUUGGGAAGAUGUUGGAAUGCAUUGGUUCGAAGGCAGCUGUGAUGGAGGGGGCUUUUGCCAACGGCUCGGCUUUUGGUGGUACACCUGCACAUGAAAUCUACAGGACCUUGAUUAGCCAUGGCUUUGCGCCAACUGGAAAGGAUUAUUUAACAAGCGGCAUCACUGGUGAGCCUAUUGAGGCAUACAUUUUCUGUGGGCCAAUCUACUACCAGAAGCUGAAACACAUGGUGGUGGACAAGAUGCAUGCGAGGGCGCGCGGUCCACGAAUGCUCCUGACUCGCCAACCAACGGAAGGCAGGGCAAAGGAAGGUGGACUUCGGUUGGGCGAGAUGGAGCGAGACUGCCUGGUCGCAUAUGGCGCUUCAAACCUGCUGCUUGAACGUCUGAUGUUUUCCAGCGAUGUGUGCAACCCAAGCGUUUGCAGAAAAUGCGGCCUGUUCAGUCGUCCAGACUGGUGUAAACUUUGUGGCAGCGCUGAAUGGAUCACUCAAGUCCGCUUGCCAUAUGCGUGCAAGCUGCUGUUUCAGGAGAUGCAAUCCAUGAAUGUGUGCUGCAAGCUGCAGCUUGCUGAGCGUUGACUCAGCAUUGAGCAGAGCAAAGAUCGAGCAAAUUCGCAGCUGGCUGGGUUUGUUCAUAGAUUGAGGUUGACAUUGAUGAUACAUUGAUGUGACAUAUUGAUGUCACAUAUGAUGUAUUUUGACGUGUGUUAUAUGAGUUGUAUGUGUUGCAUUGGUCACCAGGACUGGC